AUGUCCCUGGACAAACCCCUCUUUUCUUUCGAGACGAACAGUGGCCCUAGUGCGUGGCGUGGCCAGAGCGGGGGUCAUCACCUCCAGCCACAGCGGCAGCAGGCCCGGAGUGGCCUGUUUCACCUUCCGCACGGCCCACUGCGCACACCCAUCUUUAUGCCGGUGGCGACGCAGGCAGCGCUGAAGGGUGUGACGGUGGAACAGUUGGAGGAACUUGAUGCGGAGAUUAUUCUCGGGAACACGUAUCACUUGGGGUUGCGACCCGGGGAGGACGUCCUCAACGAAAUCACACGGUUGAAAAAUGCCCAAGUGAGUGCUACAAGCGGCAAUGAGGCACCUGAGCUGGAGUCCUCGCGGAUCCGAAACAACAUGGAUGGGAUUCAUUUCCUGCAGGGAUGGCGACGGAAUAUUCUUACCGACAGUGGAGGUUUCCAGAUGGUAAGUCUCCUGCGGCUCGCCAAAAUCACUGAGGAGGGUGUGCGUUUUCAGUCAACUCACGGCGGCAACGGCGGAGGCGUACGAGUGGGCGAGAACAAUAAUGGCAUCAUUCAUGGCAAUAGUGCGGUCUAUUCUAGCGAAGAAGACACGGAAUACACGCUGUUACUGCGGCCGGAGGAAAGCAUUCGUAUUCAAAAUGCCAUUGGAGGUGAUAUCAUGAUGCAACUGGAUGAUGUUGUGCAUGUUCUCACGACUGGACCUCGUAUGGAGGAGGCCUCUAGGCGUACUGUACGUUGGUUGGAUCGUUGUCUUGCUGCCAACAUGAAUCCCGAUAAACAAGGAAUAUUUGGCAUUGUACAAGGUGGCCUGGAUGCAACGCUGCGGGCAGAGUGCCUUGCCGAGAUGGUCAAGCGAACUGCCUGUAAGGGAUACGCCAUCGGGGGUUUGAGUGGUGGGGAGGCAAAGGAAGACUUCUGGCGAAUCGUAGCCCAGUGUUGCAGGGGGCUUCCAAACGACAAGCCACGGUACUGUAUGGGGGUGGGGUAUCCAGAGGACAUUAUGGUGUGUAUCGCACUCGGAGUGGACAUGUUUGACUGCGUGUACGCUUGCCGCACGGCUCGCUUUGGUUCGGCGUUGACAUCUACAGGAAAAAUUCAAAUCACGAAGAAGGCGUUUGCUAACGACAUGGGACCCCUGGACCCUGCCUGUAACUGCAAGACAUGCACGACGUUCUCCCGUGCGUACCUGCACCUUGUUGCGACCAAGGAGUCGCUCGGUUCUACCCUUCUUUCCUACCACAAUGUGGCCUAUCUCAUCAACCUCACCCGCGGGGCGAGGGCGGCUAUCGAGGCGGGGAGCUUCACGGAGUACGUGCAGAACUUCUUUGUGUCGUAUUACCCCAAGCGGGACUACCCAAAGUGGGCAGUGGAGGCACUGUAUUCCGUGGGCAUUGAGCUUCCCUAA